AGGGGCAGGGGCAGGGGCAGGGGCAGGGUCCAACUAAACUGCUUUGCUUCAUCGCUUGGUUCGUGAUGGUGCGUGCAAAAGGCAAGGCCAAUGCUUCAACUAAUCGAUCAGUGUCCAAAGCAGAUGCUGCAGUUGCUUCUGAAGCUACUACGACACUUGACUCCAGUGAGGUGGAAAACCACAUAGAAACUGGAGGCUCGGUUGAGAUUUCAGUGGAAACAGCAGUAACUGAAGAAACAACGAUCACUCUUGUAGAAGAAGAAGAAGAAAAUGAUGGAGCUGAAACUGAAACCUUAGAGGGAGAACAUGCUAUGGAAGAAGAAGAAAAUGAUGGAGCUGAAACUGAAACUUUAGAGGGAGAACAUGCUAUGGAAGAAGAUGAAGAUAAUAAAGAAAAUGAAGUUUAUGGAGAAGGAGAUGAAAAAUGUGGUUCUGAUAAGGAAGAAGAAGAAGAAGAAGAUGCUAUUAGUAACGAUGAAGGUAAUAACCAAGAAAAUACCAUAGAACAGGAAGAUGGUGAACAGAACAUAGAUGAUAAGCAAGUAGGAGAUGCUGCUGGUGUAGACAAAGAUAACCAGGAAGAUGACAUGCAAAAACAAGAAGAUGAAACUAAUGCAAAUGAAAAGAAUAAAGAGAAAAUAAAAGGAAGUUUGAAGCAAAAAGCUAAAAAAAUGAAGAGAAGGAAUAAUAGGAAGAGAAAGGCAAAUGGAAGCCCCCAAGAGAAAGGUGAAAAUAAGCAAGUUAUGAAGAAAGUAGCCUCUAAUGGUAAGGUUGGGAAGGACUUGGGAAAAUUGGAGUCAAAUGAUGAUGAGCAAAGCUCUAAGAAAGUUGCCUCAGGAGGUAAGUCUAGAGUGGCCCCUCAAGGCAAAGACAAGCCCGAGUCGUCACACAAGAAGUUGUCCUCAAAGAAGAAGGCUAAGGGCAUGGGUAUGAUCUUCAUGUGCAACUCCGAGACAAAGAAGGAUUGUUACCGUUAUAAGGUUCUAGGGUUGCCGGCAAGCAAGAAAGAGACGGUGGAAAAAAUUUAUAAAGGGAUGAGGCUUUUCCUUUACGAUGUUGAUUUGAAGUUGAUGUAUGGGAUCUACAAAGCUGCAGAGCGUGGUGGCUAUAACAUCGCACCCAAGGCUUUCAAGUCUCAAUUUCCUUCUCAGGUUCGCUUUUCUGUUCUUGAGGAUUGCUUACCACUAGCAGAGGAGACGUUCAGGCAAGCGAUUAAGAAGAACUAUUUCACAAGGUCAAAGUUUGAUUGCCUAUUGUCCUCUGAACAGGUGAAGGACCUGUGUAAGCUUUUCACUGCUGCGAGUUCCAGGUCCAAAGACACACGGAUUGGAUUUGAGACCCCUGCGAAAUCCAAGCGAGACAGAGUUAAGAGGCGGGGUCGGGAUGGCAGAAGACGGGCUGAACGUGCUCGACGACCUGAGCGGGUUGAAGAGCGUGGGUACCGUGGUGAGCGGGUUGAAGAGCGUGGGUACCGUGAGCGGGUUGAAGAGCGUGUAUACCAUGAACGUCCUCAUUUUCAUGAAAGGGAUUUAGUUACAUCUCCAUUGGUGCCAUUAGCCCCGCUUCAACCUUUACCACCACCUGCUCCCGUUCAAUCUUAUGCAUAUAGUAGGACUUUGAGAACAGAUCCUUAUAGACGGGACACAGUGAUACAGCAUGAUGAUACUUAUAGGCAGAGCCGAUUGGUGGAACUCCCUGAUGCUUAUAGGCGGGACACAGUGCUAGGCAAUCCUGAUGUUUACAGAAGACAGGCCGUAGUAGAGCCACGUGACACAGUGCUAGGCAAUCCUGAUGUUUACAGAAGACAGGCAGUAGUAGAGCCACGUGAUUAUUACAGACAGGAUGGAUUCCCAGAGCGUCGUGAAUAUCAUCAGCCACUGAGUUUGGAAACUAGACUCCGGGAUGAUAUUGGGAUCAAUGAUCCAUACGCGUCAUACCGUGAGCGUGUAUCAUACCGCGAUCCUGUGAACUCGGCACGCUCAGAGCCCGAGUAUAACCCCCCUCCUGUGGGUUUGCGAUCAGUGUACCGUCAGGGUGGUCUAUCUACCGAGUACAGUUCUAGAAGUGUGCUUCCGGAGUACCCUUCAUCUGCAGCAAGCUCUCUUUACGAGUACCCUCGUCAACCUCAGUAUCGAUAUUAGUUUCCAAUAAAGGUACUGCCAUCACAUGGAGCUCUAGUAAUUGUUCCCAUCAGUGCAGCCUAAAACUUCUGACAGUAGUUUGAGCUGUAUUCCGUGUUAUUCCUCAAUUCUCUCCCUAAGCAAGAUAUUAGUAGAUGAUAUGCCUUUAUUCCGUGUUUAGGUUAAUUAUCAUCUUCUUUGCAGAAUAGACAACCUUUAUGCCAGAGUUCUUUAUAUACUUUGGUGGUCACCUAUUAUUUUGCUACGUAGUAGUAUAUGACUUACCUGUAUCCGUAGUUGGUUAAGCAGACCUUAUAUUCUUGUCAUUUUUUGGUGUUUUGUUCAAAAUCUUGAAAGAGUGUUUGCAAAGGA